CACGUGAUGGAGGACCGAAAGAUGGAGGACCGGAGGAUGAACGGAGCUCCGUCCCGGUCGUGAUGAACCCGUUGUACGGCUCCGGUUCUCCCCGACACGAGGAGCCGUGGGCCCGCUUCUCCUCGUGGCUCGAGUGCGUGUGUGUCGUCACCUUCGACCUGGAGCUCGGACAAGCCAUAGAGCUGGUGUAUCCUCAGGAUGUGAAGCUCACCGAGAAGGAGAAAACCAGCAUCUGCUACCUGUCCUUCCCUGACUCGUACUCAGGAUGCAUUGGGGACACGCAGUUCAGCUUCAGGUUACGUCAGUCGGUCGGUCGGUCUUCGAGGUUCAGAGAAGAUGUUUACAACAGAGAGGCUCCGCCCACUCUCCAGACUGAAGCAUCACAUUUCUUUGGUUACGUCUAUUUCAGACAAGUGAAGGAUGUUUCUGUGAAGAGAGGAUACUUCCAGAAGUCUCUGGUGUUGGUGUCCAGGUUACCGUACACUCACCUGUUCCACUCGCUGCUGCAGAUCGUUGCACCUGAGUUCUUUGAGAAACUGGAGCCCUGUCUGGAAGCAGUGUGUAACGGGGUCGACCAAUGGCCUCCACCUGUACCUGGACUGACCCUCAACCUGCCUGUGAUGGGCGUAGUCUUACAGGUUCGGAUUCCUUCAAAAACAGACAAACCAGGAGGAAGUCCAGUCAGACAAGCUGCUGGAGAGAACCUCCUGCCGACUCCGACUCUGCUGCCAACCAUCCACGAACUGGACCUCUUCAAGUGUUUCCAAUCGGUCCUGAUCCACCUGCAGAUGUUCUGGGAGCUCAUGUUGCUAGGGGAACCGGUGGUCGUCAUGGCGCCGUCUCCCGCUGUCUCCUCGGAAACCGUGCUGGCUCUCGUCAGCUCCAUCAGUCCUCUGAAGUUCUGCUGCGACUUCCGUCCGUACUUCACGAUCCACGACAACGAGUUCAGAGAGUUCACCACCAGGACGCAGGCCCCGCCUAACGUGGUUCUUGGAGUCACUAAUCCGUUCUUCAUCAAGACUUUUCAGAACUGGCCUCACGUCGUCCGACUGGGAGAAAUCAAGAUGGCGGGUGAUUUACCUAAACAGGUGAAGGUGAAGAAACUGUCCAAACUGAAAACACUAGACACUAAACCAGGAAUCUACACGGCGUUCAAGACGUUUCUACACAAAGACAAGAUUCUUAUUAAGAGACUAUUGAAGGGAAUUCAGAGGAAAAGACCGUCAGAGGUUCAGAGCGCCAUCUUAAGGCGACACCUGUUGGAGCUCACCCAGAGCUUCAUCAUACCGCUGGAGCGCUACAUGGCGAGCCUCAUGCCUCUGCAGAGGUCGGUGACGCCGUGGAAGACUCCUCCCCAGGUUCGACCCUUCAGUCAGGACGAGUUCAUGUCCACUCUGGAUCACGCCGGGCCUCAGCUAACCUCGGUGCUCAAAGGUGAUUGGAUGGGACUGUACAGGAAGUUCUUCAGGUCUCCUAACUUUGACGGCUGGUAUCGUCAUCGACACAAAGAGAUGACGCAGAAACUGGAGAGUCUUCACCUUGAGGUCAUCUGUGACGCUGUGAGUCAGUUCAUCUCAUCAGACACACUGUUACUGUGAACCUCUGGGGACCACUG